AUGGCAGUAGUAUGGCAAGACAAUGAAAACAAUGAGGCAAGAAAGCCAACACUACAAGAGGUCUCCCAGGCUGUGCUCAAGUCAAAAAACAAUCGAGCCCCUGGGAAAGACAGCAUAAUGGCUGAAUUAAUAAAAACUGGUGUGUGCCAGUCGGUGGACGUGCGCAACUCCGUGGAGGGCCUGGAGCGGCUGCGCGGCUGCGCCGUGGUCGAGGGCUUCGUGCAGAUCGUGCUGAUCGACGGCGCCGACGAGGAGAGCUGGGAGGGCGUGUCGUUCCCCGAGCUGCGGGAGGUCACCGACUACCUGCUGCUGUACCGCGUCGACGGCCUGCGCUCGCUCGCCGCGCUCUUCCCCAACCUGGCCGUCAUCCGCGGCAACAACCUCUUCCUCAACUACGCGCUCGUCGCCUUCGAGAUGAUGCACCUGCACGAGCUGGGCCUGCACUCUCUGACGGACAUCCUGCGCGGCGGCGUGCGCCUGGAGAAGAACCCGCUGCUCUGCUACGCUGACUCCAUCGACUGGAACCGCAUCGCGCCCGCCGGCAAGGACGCCCACUACAUCGGCGCGAACCGGCCCAAGAACGAGUGUCCGAUGCUGUGUCCCCGGGCGCCGCAGUGCCCACGCUCCGCCGCCGGGGAGCCGCUCUGCUGGAACAGCAACCACUGCCAGAAGAGUGAGUACCAACAGCGGCAGCAAGCAGCGAGCGUCACACGCCGAGGUUGA